UAUCGAAAACAGGUUAUAACUUAGUUUUAAGUAUUUCACACCCCUCAUCUAGUCACAAUGGUUUCUUCCAUCAUGGACACCAUUCACUGACGUUACUUGAGACACUGCCAGGUCUCUGCCACACAGCAUCAUGAGUGAGUUGAAGGACUGCCCCCCACUGAAAUACUACGACUUCAAGCCCGUCGAACAUGUCAAGGUGUGUCCCCGCUACACUGCUGUGCUCGGACGUUCAGAGGACGAUGGCAUCGGCAUCGAAGAGCUGGACACCCUGCAGCUGGAGCUGGAGACGCUCCUGUCCUCAGCCAGCCGCCGCCUCCGAGCCCUGGAGGAGCAGAGACAGAUCCUCACAGACUGGCAGGACAAGAAGGGAGACAAGCGCUUUCUGAAGCUGGGAAAAGACCCAGACCCUGCUGCCUCUUCUCGCCACAAACCAAAGAAGCAGAAGUUGGACGGCAAAGGCAGUCACGCUCCAGGGCCAGGUCCUGGCAGACCCAAAUCCAAAAACCUGCAGCCUAAAGUCCAAGAGUAUGAAUUUACUGAUGAUCCACAAGACAUUCCCCGCAUUCCUAAAAAUGAUGCACCAAACAGAUUUUGGGCAUCAGUCGAGCCAUAUUGUGCCGAUAUCACAAAUGAAGAGAUACGAUUGCUGGAAGACCUUCUGAAACCCCCAGAGGAUGAGGCCGAGUAUUUCAAAACACCAGCUCUGGGGAAACAUUACUCUCAGCGGUGGGCUCAAGAAGAUCUGCUGGAGGAGCAGAGGGAAGGAGCACGAGCCACCGACAAGAAGAAGAGCCUCAUGGGAGGGCCGCUGUCUGAGCUGGAUGCAAAAGAUGUGGAGUCCCUGUUGAAAAAGUCUGAGUCCCAACAUGACUCUCCAGAAGACGGAUGUCCCUUCGGUCCUCUUACACAGCGUCUGCUCCAGGCCCUUGUAGAGGAGAACAUUAUAUCCCCCAUGGAGGAUUCUCCUAUACCUGACAUUUCAGGGAAGGAUGGUACUGAUGGUGCCGGGACUUCUCCUCGGAGCCAAGGAAAAGCUUUUAGUGUUACUCACACACGCUCCCUGGAGGCUCGGAUCAAAGAGGAGCUGGUGGCUCAGGGGCUGCUGGACUCCGAGGAGCGACCUGGACCAGGAGGAGACUCUGAGGACGAAGUCCUGGCAGAGCUGCAGAAGAGGCAAGCAGAGCUCAAAGCCCUGGGUGCUCACAACAGAGCCCGCAAGCAGGAGCUGCUCCGGUUGGCGAAAGAGGAAAUGCGCAAGCAGGAGCUGAGGCAGAGAGUCAGGGUGUCUGACAACGAGGUCAUGGAGGGAUUUCGGCGAAUCAUGGCAGCCAGGCAGAAGAAACGCACUCCAACAAAGAAGGAGAAGGACCAGGCCGUGAAAGCACUGAAGGAGAGGGAGAGCAUCCUAAAGUUACUGGAUGGUUAGAGGAAGAAAUAGUUGUCUGGUUUUUAUCCAGAACAAACGUUGGCGUAAGAAUCUUUUCCCCACAGAUCAGAUUGCUGUGACAGCUGCUAGAUGGUCAGUGAACAGCUGUAUUUCUCAUGUGUGACACAGUUUACUGCAGGUCUGCGUGAUUUAAUUUAGGGACAUUCUGCAGUAGUGUUUACGUCAUGCAGAAUGCUCAUUUCAUCAGUACGCAUCAGAGACUUUUUCCUUCUGUUGAAUUUUUUCUGUCAGUUGAAUUUUUAUGUUUUUUCUUUUUACCAUUGUAAUGCUAUGAAAACAAUACACAUGAAUGUUUGAAUAAAUCAGUACCACUUAGA